AUGUCCUGUUUGAGUGGAACCGGAGGAAGAACCUACGGGUUAGAUUUAGAUAUAAUAAAAUCGCCACCAUGUUCAUGGAGUAGAACUUCACAAACAUCUUCUUCGCCUUCUUCAACAAUCUCUGAAUCAAGCAAUUCGCCGCUCGCAAUCUACACCACAAAACCUAGAACUCCUCGAAAACGACCCAACCAAACCUACAACGAAGCUGCAACACUUCUUUCAACUGCUUACCCGAAUCUCUUCUCCAAUCCGAAUCUAAAAACGAACCCGAACAAUAAAUUCCAUAAACCGUUAUUAUCAUCGGAGAAAACUUACGAUUCCGAUUCCUCGGAACUUCUUCUACCUUUCCGAGUAUUUGACACGUCUUCGUCUUUUUUACUUCACGGUACAAUUCAUCAACACAAGCCGAAUUUACCGUCAGAGCCGAAGCCGGUGAAGCCAUGUCAGAGUCCUGGAGAGAUAAGUUCAAUGGUGAAUUUACUCGAAUCGAACGACGGAGAUGAUUUCGAUGCCGAAUCGAUUCUCGAUGAGGAAAUUGAAGAAGGCAUCGAUAGCAUCAUGGGAGGGAGAAUUCAGGAGGAUGAAUCUAACGGUGGCUCUUCUCAUCUUCCAUGGAUUGGUUUUGGCGGGAAAAUCGAUUUCCGGUUAGGUUUACAGAGAGCUGGAGUGAGAGCUCUUCGUCAUGUUGAUGAAGGUAAUUGGUGGAAUUUUCCGGCGGUUGAUAUUCUUAAAAUUUCGCCCAAAAUUUGCAGUGUCGGUGCUAAAACGGCGGCAGCACCGGUGACGGAGAAAAAAAAGAAGAAGAAAGUGGUUGUUGUUAUGAAACAGAGCGAGGAGUUGAAAGAAACGGAAUUGCCAAAGUCGAAACCUGGGUUGUUGUUGAAAUUGAAUUACGACGGCGUUCGAAAAGCGUGGUCCGACCGGGGAACACCGUUCGCCGACGACAGCCCUAUUUCCGAUGUAUCGGGAAACGACGUCAAUGCACGGUUGUCACAGAUUGAUUUGUUGUGGGAGAACGGAGGAGGGGUGAGAGAAGCGAGUGUGCAACGUUAUAAAGAAAAACGUCGCACACGUCUCUUCUCUAAGAAGAUAAGAUAUCAAGUUAAAAAAGUCAACACAGAUCGACGGCCAAGGAUGAAGGUAUGA